GUUCAAAAAAAUGAGCAUGUGCGAACUUAACUUCAGCCGUUUAGGUUAAAUUACAGCAUGCAUUAUAAGUAGAUCAACUAAUACACGGCACACCCGCUAAUCGAUCGCUCCAAUUAAAGCACCAUCCGACAGCAAAAACGACGAAUCUCGACUCAAGAGGGCUGUCAUUAAAUUCUAAUUAACGUUUACCAUCCGCAUGUGCACGCGCAGGUCCCGUCCCACGCCUGCGCACAAAUCGACGCGUAUUAUGACAAUAUCAAUAACUGUCAUUUUGCCCAAUCAUUAUAGUUUCGUCUCGUUUACGCAAAACUGCCGUAAUUACCGCGCCAUUACCUACGUCUCUUUCGAACUCAUUAAUCUCAAGUAACGCUGGUAACGAACCGCUCUUUCCAUUUCUUUCGCGCGAAACAAACGAAGGCUCCGCGGAAAAACGCGACGGACAAAACUAUACCCAUCCUCUUUUAAUGCACUUGGAACGCUCGAAAAUAAAGUCGUCGCGAGCGUUUACUUUUUUCACUUCAAAAUUAAAUGAUAGCUCCUUUUUCAAAAUGACAAGGCGAAAGUUGAAACAGUUUUGAAAUUGGAAGUUCCCCUCCACCCGACGGGACUCGUUAGGCGCGGGCGCGUUUUUUCAACAAAAAGAAAAUAAGUCUCGCGGGAAAGAGAGGUUUGGUGGAGGCUUUUUAUAGUCGUUGUUCCGAUGCGCUGGCGCACGGCGGUAUCGGAGCUUAGGAGCGAGCCUUAAUCUUAUUCUAAUAAAAAGCUUACGCAUAUAUUGCCGCGCUAUCAUUAAACUUGGAAAUUUAAAACCGUUUUUUUUUUCACAAUGUGUAGUGACGUCGCGCUGUGAGGUUGCAUACGUGUUUACUAUGGACGGCACGUGCGUUUUAUCGUUUACUUUAUGACUGGAUUAUGACGUUUAGUGAUUUUUAUUUUGUGGAAAAGGGUUGACGCUUUUAUUGAGCAAUCAUUAAGGCUUGAUCAUCCGAACUGUGUGGUCGUGUUUAUUUUUUUACAAUUGGCUUAAAAAUGAUUGAAUAUAAUAGUUGUGCAUAAGUGUAUACUAGUACUUACAAACCAGUUUGUUCAUCCCUUUAAAAUGUUUUUAAGAUUCGAACCAACAAAGUCCACAAAAGGCGCCAGCAAGAUGCGGCGCGACCUGAUCAACACAGAGAUCUCCAACCUGCGCGACCUGCUGCCGCUGCCGCCCUCCACCCGCCAACGCCUCUCGCAGCUGCAACUUAUGGCCCUCGUCUGCGUCUAUGUGCGGAAGAUGAAUUACUUCCAACAAGUGUUUAAAAGUCACGACUUCAGCUACGAGUAUCAAGAGCAAGCAACACCAACACCUAAUAUUGGAUUUUCAAAGGCAAUGAACGGUUUUAUGAUGAUGAUGACACAGAACGGGAAACUGUUGUACAUAUCAGAAAAUGCUGCGGAAUACCUGGGACAUUCCAUGGAAGAUUUACUAAUACAUGGUGAUAGCGUAUACGACAUUAUAGAUAGACAAGAUCACCAAACUGUUCAAACAGAACUGAAUAGAGGGAGCAAUGGAGAGACUGAAAACGUACCAAAGAAUAGGCAUUUCUUCUGUAGAAUGAACGUUUCAAGAAACGCGAGAAGACAAAUGAGAUUUGGAGAUCAAAAAGUGGCUCUAGUGCGGGGACACUUCGUGUCGUACCUGCCGCUGUGCAGCCGCAACGAGCCGGUUUUCCUGGCGACGUGCACGCCACUCGCCAUGCCCGAGACGCGCGAGUGCGUCGUGCACGGCGCCACCAACGUCUUCACCACGCUGCACACCAUGGACAUGAAGAUACUGCACAUCGACACCAACGGUGAAUGGUACUUAGGUUGGAAGAAAUCAGAAUUAGUUGACGUGUCGUGGUAUCAGUUACUACACUGGGACAGUUUGCGAGAAGCACAAAGUAAACAUAGACUAAUAACGCAGUCAGAGCAGGACAAGUGUUGUAUCCUGCUGGUGAAGCUGCAGCAGCGCAGCGGACAGUUCCUGUGGGUUCACGUCGUGCUACAGGUGAAGGACGCCGCCGACGCUCCCAGGCAGUUCAUCGUGGCCACUAACCAAGUUCUAAGUGAAGAGGAAGCUUCAAUUAUGCUUGCAAACUCCUGGCUAUACCAAUACUACGGUUAUCAGAACCAACCCUGCGGAGUCUUAGACCCCAGGUGCCAAAAGUUCUUUAGAAGAGAGAACACCUAUCAGGACGCGUAUCAAGAAGCGUACCCUUAUGUAGAAAAUCAGGAGGUCGAGUAUCCAGGGUACCAUGUGUCUACGUACGUUCCACAGAAGAUGGUUGAAGAUUUCAGUGGCUGUGAGAGGACAUAUUCAGAAAGAGGACCAGUCGACUAUUCUACUCACUCUCCGCAGUCUACGAUCAGUGAAGAAAGAUCUCCCCUGCACUAUGACCCUUCGCCGGAAAUCAUCGUGAACAGCAACAUGUACAUGUACCCGCACCCCGGCAAGCGAGAGUACUAUGAACAGUACCCACGAGUUGGCUACCCCGUGCAGGAGCCGUGUACGAGUACUGCGGUAGAAGGUAUGGAGUAUCCCAGUCCGAAGCGGAUGCGGCUGGCGUCUCUAACCCUGGACACUGAAGGCAUGGACCGGUGGAACCCGAGCCCGCCCUGGUCCGACACCCUCAAGGCUCCUGAAUACCAGCGGUUCAGCUACAACCACGUCGUAAAACCCGAACGAGCAAUGGUUACUUAACUCUCGCUUAACUCUCAAUGUGUGAUAAAUAGGUGUGAGGAUUUACAAAACCUGUAUUGUGCUAUUAACAGUACCUAAGUAAAAGGCCUAGGUAGGUGUUAGAAAACAGCGUCGAAACCUUGGUAGCGACUGUCGAUUUCCGUUGCACAAUGGAAAUUUGAUUUAAGAUAUACUACUUUUUGAGUUCCACCAGUGUAAUGUUCUGAUAAUAAAAAGAUCCUCACUAUUCAAGUUUGCAUUUAUAUAUAUUUUUAUUAUAUGAAGGACGAGAAAUACGCCAUAAAUAAAUUUUAUGUAUAAUGAUAGACAAAUAUCAUCAUAAUAACAAUAUGCCCUAAAGAAGAAAGAAGAAGAAGUAAUUUUUCCUCAGUCACCCGUUGACCACGAACGCUGUAAAGAGUUCGAAACGUCGGGAUGUAUUAUAAAUUCAAUAUACGCGAUAUAAUCCGUUUUCAUAGUUUUAUUUCAAGAAAGAAGAAGUUAUAUAUAUUUUUAAAGAAUAUGUUUUUACUCUAUGAUGAUACUGAAUUGUUGAAUCAUAAUGUUCUUAUAAAAUAUCCGGAUUUAUUAGUAAAUUUUACAUCAGAUAUUUUAAUAUACUUAAUGUCGGCAUCUUUUUAGUGCAAAACAAAUGUGCAAUUACGAUUUUACCUUCGCUCAAUCGAAGUUAAUUUAACAGUAUUAUAUGUAUUUAUUAAUAUAUGUAUUUAAAAAUAGUAAGAAAUCGUCGUAAAAAUAAGUAAGUAUUCUUAAGCAGUGGAAAAUGGUUCCGUCCAAAUAUCUGUGCAUUCCAAAGGAAAAUUUAGUUAUUGUAUUGUGUAAAUAUGUUACGUUAUUUAAACAACAAUUUUGUACAUACCUAUUCAGUUGUAGGUGAAUAAUUAAGUUAUGUAAAGGAAUGUAAGUUAAUAUUAAUGAAAUCAAAAUAAAAAAAUAAAUCACCAA